GAAAUGUCGGAGUUGACCAAGCCAGGAACAAAUGCAUAGCGAGCGUAUUGUCCUGUACUGUCCGCGAGAUCGAACGCCGAGGGGAUGAGCGAGCGCGACGAGUGAAGACGACGAGGAAACGGCGACCAACGGCAACGCGGUGAGGUGCUUGAUGUAACACAAGGUUUGCCGUUCUUGCAUGAUGACGGAUCUAGAGGCGAAGCUGACGGCGAGCAAGGCGGUGCUGGACAGAUGCAGCAACUGGGUGGAAUUGCAGAAGGAUUAUUCCUACCCCGAGGAGGAGAGGCUCAAGCAUAGGCUCAGGGAUGAAUUCGAAUACGACGAUUGGUGCAACACAGAUUCGGAGUUCGAUUCCGUCUCGGAGUGCGGCGGGAAGAAACGUAAGGCGGGCACGCAGCUGAAAGACGAGGUGCUGACCCUGGCCUGCGAGUGGAAGAAAUGCACGUUCUGCAGCAAUCACCUGGAUCAAUUCCUAAGGCAUGUCUCGAGCCACAUACCGAGCAUACAGAUAAGCACGAAAGACGACAACAAGGAGGUCUAUGUGUGUCAGUGGAAGGACUGUCCGUACGACAGUGAUGUGUCUGACGACAUAAUACGGCAUGUCAAUUACCAUGCCUAUCACACCAAGCUCAAAUGUAUCGGAUCCAACGUUCGCGGAAGAAUCAAGCUGCCCAAGUGUCGCAGAGAUCCAGAGUGGAAGAACAUCUUAGAUUCUCCACCUCCGCACUUGUGCAGAUGGGAGGAGUGCUUGAAAUUGUUCACGAAUUAUCAAAUGUAUCUGUACCACGUUACCGUGCACAUGAGAGACUGCCCGAGCGGCAACAGAGUUAAAGGCGGAGUCGAGUGCAAGUGGACUGGAUGCAACAGCAAGUAUCCUAGCUUGUACAAACUUCGAGAUCACGUGAGAUGUCACACCAAGGAGAAAAUAGUCGCUUGCCCGGACUGCGGCGUCAUGUUUGCUUCUAAGACGAAAUUUCAUACGCAUUGCCAGCGACAGAUUCCCUUAGAGGUGCAGGGAUUUCGUUGUUCACACUGCAAUAAGUUUUACCCGACCGAAGGGAUCCUGCGUGAUCACAUGAGAGCCCAUGUGUUCAAUUACAAAUGUACCUUAUGCGACAUGAGCUGCGAGUCACCGGCGAGCUUGGCGAAACACGUGAGAUACCGUCACAUAUCGACCAGAACGUUUCCAUGUCAGUUGUGUUCACACGCUGCUAAGUCGCAACAGGAUCUCGAUUCUCAUAUGACUGUCCAUACUAAUGGACCAAAUUUUUCAUGCCAUUUUGAGGGAUGUCUCUUCACAUGCAAGGGAGCUUAUGCCUUGGAUAGGCAUGUAGAACGAGUACACAGUUUAGCGGUGCGAUGGUACUGUUGCCACGAAUGCCCGAUCAAAUAUCGGAAGAGUUAUAGGCUGACGAAACAUCUUACCGAAGCUCAUCGAUUGCAACUGCCCAGCGGACACAAACGUUUUCACUAUACGCAAGACGAAGACGGGUAUUACAGACUCCAGAUGGUCCGAUACGAGGCUGUGGAUGAAGAAAACGUGUCGCCCGUCGAAGAAGCGAAUUUGCCAGACAAGAAAUACAAACUAGAGUUAACUAAAACUACCUCAUUGACAAAAGUGAAAAUUGUUGAGGAUAACGCAGAAGAAAUAGAAACUGUACAGGAUACUCAAGAGGAAACGGUCGAGAAUGGUGCCGACAAAUCCGUACCUGUGAUAUCUAAUAUUUUAUUAUCUAUCGAUGAAGUAGAUGAGAAAGGGAAUAUUAUAAAACGGCAAGUCGUCGAGAUACAAGAAACAAAGGAGUUACCGCCAUCGGAAGAACCACUGCUAAUUUUGACAUAAACUUGAUAUUUUUUUAAGAGGUAUUCCUCAAUACAUAUUUUUAUUACGUAUUGUAUGCUGCGAUUUUACAUUGUAUGGACUUCUUUCACGUUUAUUUUUUCAAUUAAUUUUUAUACAAACAAUGCGAGAAAGAUUUAUUUAUUUUGCAGCUUUUCAGUUUACUUUGCAAAAAUUUAUUCCUACCUCGAAGUAAAUUAUAUUUUCAGAAAUAAUUUUCAGAGUGACAACUUUGUACAAUGGAGCGAAUUACAUAACAAAUUAGAUGUUUAUUUUUACAGAAUGUUUUAGAAUAAUUUUGUCUCGGUUGUAUUCGAGAUUACAGAGCAUUAUUUGAAUUAUAAAAUUAACAUAAUCUGCAAUUAUCUGUAUUGUUUAUACAAAUACAAGAUUAGGUCGCCACCA